GCGCAGUCGGCAGCAGGCUAUGGCGUCCUACUAUGAGUCGGACGAUGAUGAAUCGAAUUCCUGUCAAACAUUUUCUGCUGGAGACACAGACGUUUGGUACAAUGAGGAUCUUUACGAGGGGAACUGGUCGUUGCAAAACAAGGACUCCAACGCACACGGCAGUCGCUCACAUGGCCACAAGAGGGCCCAAGUACAUCAGAAGAAUGAGCCCUGUAGAUUCUAUAAUGGCCAAGGGUGUCGAAACGGAGCGAGCUGUGAGUACAUGCACGUGUGCCGCUUCUCCUGGAUAGGCUCCUGUCGUUAUGGCAACAACUGUCGUCUGAAGCACGUGGGGGACUCUGAUUCAGACGACAGCAGCAGCAACAGUGAAGAAAAUAUAAGGUGGUCACCCCGACAGUCCCAAACAGCCAGGAAUGUUAGAGGGUCCCUCUGGUCCAAUGAUCAGCUGGAUCCUGGUAAGCUGUAUAAGUGGCAGUUCAACUUUGGCCAGGGCUGGCUGGACAUAGCACAUGACAACUUUAUAGAAGCACAGUACUCAAAGCCUUUUACAGAGGGCAUGAGACUCAAUAAAACGCCAAGAGGGAUGCUCCACAUUGACUUCCUGAGGCUGCAGGUCCGUCAUGGCCAGGGUGUUCAGGUGCGGAGGCUGAGGUCCCCCAACACCGCCUGGCUCUGGUACUUCAAGGGCGAACAGGGAUGGAGUCAGUAUGGAGAGACGGACUCCCAGGGGAGAUGCACCAAGGUGAACAGCUCCACACUGGAGUCCGAGUACCAGAAGAACCCACAGGGCUGCUACCGAUUUGGCUUCAACUCCUACAGCUACGAGAUCAGAUUCACAGACAUGCAGCAGGAGAACCUGAGCACGCACUGCAGAAGACAAAUCAGGCGAAGGCCUUCAUUCCCUGCUGGUCAGAUUGCUGGGCAAGCUGGACUGCCCCAGCUCAUGAGAGCUCUGAGUAUGCCUAGAGUUUCCUCUCCUCCUAAAUGGCAGUUCAGUGGCAAUGGGAACAGGUGGUAUGACUUCCAACACGGGGUUGGAACCAAUUUUGAGUGUUCCACUAACUGUGGUCUGAUUGAGGCGGAGUACCAGAAGAAUCAAAAAGGAAGCAUGAACUUCACUGUCAGUGGACAGUCCUAUGUGCUGGAUUUUGCCACCAUGACCCAAACCAACAACUCCACCAUGACGACUCGCAAAGUCAGACGUCUGUAGCCAUCUCCACCACGGCAUCCGUAGUUCUACACAGGAGGCAAUUACAUGUUGCCUCACAAAACUGCCCGAAGACCACUGAGUUGCUCCUGGAUAAUUGACUGCCCUAAGCCUGUCGAAUAGGCCUACCCACUGCCUGACUUACCUAAAGAUCACUGGCAUCUUAACAGACAACUACAUGCUUGUUAUGUGCUAAAAAAUAACACAGACUGCCUAAAGACCUCACAUGUACUGUACAGUAAGACUACUCACUGUCUACAAAUACAUGUUUUGGAUGUGCUACUUGUACAUCAGCACCUUUCAGUCAUGUGCUGCCGCUUCACAAGGAGCUACCCAAGCCAUUUCUUUUUUCUUUUUAAGGGGUGUUUGUGUAUUUUUAUUGAUAGGACAGUUAAGAGCAUGACAUGAAGAGAGUGGGAGAGGGAAACGGGGCAGGGCUAGAAAAUGACCUAGGUCGGUCUGGAACCUUGGUCCCCAAGCGCAUGUGAAUAUUUGUGAAUCAACAAAGCAUAUUGACUAAUCUCAGGGAAUAAAUUAAUUGUGAACUUUCAGGGUUUCCUAAGAAGGAUGUUGUUCCAUACCGGGUGAUCAUGAAUUUUUCUUAAGGGGUGACCUGGUGGGUGAAUCCAGAGGUGAAAUAUGGUUGUUGGGGCAACAGGUUUGGGUUGGCAUUAAUUGAUGUUAUAUUCAGACAAUCAGAUGGGUGUAUUUGAUUCUGAAUGCUGCACAGAACAUUUGUGAACACGAGCCAUGCACUACAGAACUCCACUUCCUACUUUGACAAAAAAAUAUGUCUGUUUUUAAGUUUCAGUUAACACCAAAGUUGCUCAUGUGAUAAAGCACAAUAGUUGAAGGUGGCGUCCACACCUUUGUCUGUUGGAGGAUUUCUCUCUGUGUGAAACUCCCAAAAAACAGAAAAAAGAAAUGAGCCCCACAUAAUAGCUGGAUGCAAAUCAGGAUAUUUGGAAAAGCCUGCUCUGUCUCCGGCAUUUACUAUUUUAUUUUCGACUUCCAAUACAGCUUUUCCCGAUUUACAGCUUUUCCCAAUUCUGCAUCCAGCUCUUGUGUGCGACUCCUUUUCUCUUUUCAUGUCAUAAAGUAUGAAGAAUAAUUGCUUGCAGCUUUUGGUUGUGCAACAGGAGGCAUUUGAAAAACAUAAUGUUGUAUACUGUAUGUGUCAGUACUAUACACAUGAUUCUGUCUUUGAUCAUUUACAAUACGUUCUGAAAGAUCUGGGUGUGUUCUUAUAAAGUUGAUGUACAGUAAAUACUCUUUUACUAA